AAACUCCCCCGCCACUUCCUUCUUCUUCAUCUCUUUCCCUUCAAUCCAUCUUUCUCAAUUCUCUCUCAACUCUUCCUUAAUUCCCACUUCCAUUCACUUCUAAUUUAAUAACCUUAACUCUUUCUUCUGCUUCCAUGGCUGCUCUCACCUCCUCCCCUCACCUUAACGAUAUCGACUCGGUUACCUUCGAUGUUGACAAGCUUACUUUUGAGAUCUUCUCCAUUUUGGAAAAUAAGUUUCUAUUUGGCUGCGAUGAUUCCAAUUCCAAGCUGCAUCUUCCCACUCAGCUCCCCGUCGAUGCUAAUGCCUUCAAAUCUGGAAUGCAGACCUCAGGGAAGGUAAGGAUUCUGAGUAUUGAUGGUGGAGGCUCCACCGAUGGAAUUCUUGCCGCUAAAUCACUUUCGCAUCUUGAGGAUUUUCUCCGUCGGAAGUCGGGAAAGCCUGAUGCGCGCAUUGCUGACUAUUUCGACGUGGUUGCUGGUUCUGGAGCGGGAGGCAUUCUCGCCGCCUUGCUCUUCACGAGGGGGAAAGACGGUUGUCCUCUGUUUACGGCGGAUGGAGCUUUGAAUUUUCUAAUUAAGAACCGUCGCGAUAUUUUCCGGUCAUCGGAUGGAGGAAUUUUCCGACGUGUGUUUCGGCCGACGAAGGUGGAGAAGUUGUUUCGUAAGACGUUUGGAGAGUGCACGUUGAAGGACACGUUGAAGUCGGUUUUGAUUCCGUGCUAUGAUCUCUCCACGCGAGCACCAUUCCUGUUUUCUCGCGCCGACGCUCAUGAAAUGGACGGUUACGAUUUCAAGAUUCGCGACGUUUGUGUUGCGACGUCUGCAGAACCGACAGUCUCCGGAGCAGUCGAAAUGUGGUCCAUCGACAAGCGAACGAAAAUCACCGCCGUCGACGGCGGCAUAGCGAUGAACAACCCGACGGCCUCCGCUAUUACUCACGUGUUGAACAAUAAACAAGAAUUUCCUUUCUGCAACACCGUCGAAGAUCUCCUCGUCGUAUCUCUCGGAAACGGAGAGUCAGAUUUCGGCGCCAUUAACCUUAAUUCAUCGCCGGCCUCGUUCACAAGGAUCGCCGGAGAAGGCACUUCCGACGUGGUUGAUCAAGCUGUUUGUAUGGCCUUUGGUCCGCACAGGGCAACCAAUUAUAUCCGCAUUCAGGGGAAUGGGAUUAUAGGAAAGAGCAAGUAUGGUGGGGUUUUGGAGAAGGCCAAAAGAGGCCAAAAGAGCAUUGACAUACUGGAAAAAGCAGAUGAAAUGCUAACCCAGAAGAACAUAGAGGCUGUUUUAUUCAAAGGAAAGAAGAUGAUUGAGAACACAAAUUUGGAGAAAUUGGAGGCUUUUGCAGGAGAGGUGAUCAAAGAACAAGAGAGGCGAAAAACCAGCGUCCUCCCCACUGUAUUAUUGAAGCAGGCAUUCCCAUCUCCAAGGACAUCCUCUGCUUCAGCCACCACACUCUCCACCAUUUCAUCCUGCUAAUCAUAUUUCACCCAAACCCAACACUCUUAGUUUGGAGGUUAGUUUAAUUUCUAUAAUUAAGAACCCAAGAAGAAGAAGAAGAAGGAAAAAAAAACAUUAUCAAUUUGUGUAUUAUGCUGCUGCUUAUUUUGCUGCCGCUCGCGAUGAAAUGGGAACGUCCGAGUCUGAGCUGA